GGCGCUCCUCAUCACAUAACCUGCAUGCUCAUCAGGUCGGCCGGCAGUCUGAGAGCCGUGUGCAGCUGAAGAUGCCCUCCUCUGCGUGGCUGUGGGCGGCUUCUGUGGUCGCACUGACCGGUUUCUGCGCUGCUGCAUAUGAACGAACCGAGAGGAACUGCUCUCUGACUCCACCGUAUCUCCCCAGCACAGCAGUAAAUACUUCUAUCCAGCUGCAGGAGCUGCGAGCCCAAAUGCUGCCCCUGAACGUCUCUGCCUACAUCAUUCCUGGCACUGAUGCUCACCUGAGUGAAUACAUCGCCCCACGUGACGCCAGGAUGGCCUUUAUGACUGGUUUUACAGGCUCUGCAGGCACUGCUGUUGUCACUCAGACCAAGGCGGCUCUGUGGACAGACAGCCGCUACUGGGUCCAAGCUGAGAGACAGAUGGACUGCAACUGGGAGCUGCAGAAAGAUGUUUCCAUCAUCAGUGUGGCGGAGUGGCUCAUCUCAGAGGUACCAGCAGGAGGCAACAUCGGUUUUGAUCCCUUCCUCUUCUCCCUCAAGACUCAAGAGAACUACGCCAUGAGUCUGGAGUCCAGCAAUCGAAUCCUAAAGUCCAUUCCUGUCAACCUGGUUGACCAGGUGUGGAAAGACAGACCUCAAAUCCCAGCAGAGAGUCUCACCCGUCUGCCUGAUAGGGUCAUACAAAGGACGUGGCAGGAUAAGGUGGAGCAGAUACGGAGUCUGAUGACGACAAAUCCAUACCAACCCACAGCUCUUCUGCUCUCAGCUCUGGAUGAAACAGCAUGGCUCUUUAAUUUACGUGGAAACGACAUUCCCUACAAUCCUUUCUUCUACUCCUACACACUUCUAACUUUAGAUGAGAUCUGGCUGUUCGUCCACACAAACAGAGUGACUGAGGAGCUGAAGGCCUAUCUCAGUGCGUCCUGCACCGGUUCCCUCUGCGUGCAGCUGAAAAGUUACGACUCUGUUCGUGAAAAUCUGAUGACCUACGUCGCUCAGUCUGACGUUAAAGUGUGGAUUGGUACAGAAUACACAAACUAUGCUCUUUAUGAGCUCAUAACACCUCAGGACAAACUAAUUACAUCCUCCUAUUCUCCUGUGCUGACAACUAAAGCUGUGAAAGACGAGACCGAGGAACGAAUACUGAGGGAAGCUCAUGUGAGGGAUGCGGUUGCAGUCAUCCAGUUGCUGAUGUGGCUGGAAAAGGUCGUCCCAGAAGGGAACGUGACGGAGCUGAGAGCUGCAGAAUAUGUAAAUCACUGUCGCAGCAAACAGAAGGACAACAGAGGCCCGAGCUUUGAGACGAUCUCUGCAAGCGGCCCAAACGCUGCUCUUGCCCACUACAGUCCGUCAGAAGAAACCAGCAGAAGGCUGACGGUUGAUGAGAUGUUCUUGGUUGACUCCGGCGGUCAGUAUCUAGACGGGACCACUGACAUCACCCGCACGGUUCACUGGGGGACGCCCACAGAUAUGCAGAAGGAGGCGUUCACUCGAGUUCUCAUGGGAAACAUUGAAAUAUCUCAAACUGUUUUUCCAUCAGGGACAAGCGGGGUGCGCAUAGAGAUGCUGGGCCGCCGGGCUCUGUGGGAGGUGGGCCUGAACUACGGCCACGGCACCGGUCACGGAGUGGGGAACUACUUUGGAGUUCAUGAGUGGCCGGUUGGAUUUCAGAGCAACAACAUUCCCUUUAAAGCUGGCAUGUUCACAUCUAUCGAACCUGGAUAUUACAAAGAGAAUGACUUUGGCAUUCGGAUUGAAGACAUCGCUGUGACCGUUCCGGUUCCUACGAAGUUUGGCCAUAACUUCCUGACAUUUGACACUGUCUCUCUGGUGCCAUAUGACAGAAAACUCAUCGACACUUCGCUCCUCAGUGCAAAGCAGCUGCUGUGGCUGAAUAAUUACUAUGAGAUGAUUCGUCUGCUGGUGGGCUCUGAGCUGGACGAGCAGGGGCUGCAGGAGGAGAAGGACUGGAUGCUGAGACACACCCAGCCUUUCACCGAGGCUGGAUCCUCCGCCUCCAUCUGUUCCUCCUCCCUGACUCUCAUCGCUCUGGUUUUUGCUCUGCACAACAUCAUCUGAGCGUCUCCUCCCGCCGCACUCCUCAGCAGACUUGCACUCAAAAGUUACCCCUAUGCAGUCUCUACCGAGCAGCUACACCAGGUUGACAGAUGCACAAAAAAUUAUAAUUUUUUAAUUUAAAAUUGUAAGAUAUAUUUAAUAAUUUAAAUACGUGAGCAAAUAUAGGAUUUUUGUGUGUGUUUUUUAAUACUUAAAUGAUAUUUUGUGAUUUUCUUUUUUGAUGUUAUAGUUUGAGGUUUUGAACUGGGCAUUUGUAUGACCAACUAAUAUCAUGUAUAUUGUAAUAAAGUGUCACACUUUGAAACAAUGACGACUGAUGAAGUUGUUGCUGAUUGUUGCUGAUUGUUCUCAUGUGACGUUGCACUUCCCAUUGCAAUGGAGUUGCUAUUGCAACAACAAACAAGCCAAGCUGAGAACUAGCUUUAGCUUAGUUUCUGUCGAACUUAUAAAUAAUAUAAAUAUAAUAAGUGCAUCACAACUAUUAAUCGAUUACAAUUUUUGAGUACUCUACCCACCUACUAAGAUAAAUAUCAGUGAUAUUUACAGUAGUACUUACUGCCAAUCUAGCAGAAUUAGCAAAGCUAAUGUAGCUUUUUUCUGCUAGCUAAGACGGGCAGUUAGCCUACGUGUUUGUUGACAUGAGGAGUUUAUACAUCAUUUAAACAUCAUUUAAAUCCCUUUAAACAUUGACUUUAUUGAUGGCCGAAUCUCGUGGAACAAAAGUAGCUCAGCUGCUGUUUUGUUGGUAAAAACGGGGUGCAUCAAACGUUAAUGGUACCAGUACAUUUUGGAUGAUUCGACUGGUAUCUUGACAUUCAAUCUUUGGAUAUCAGCUCCAUUUCUUUCAGGUGAGAAGCCCUCUGUGCCGUUAAUCUUUAACUUCAUCCACCAUUUUGUUUUUUGCUGCUGUUUUGUGUCAGUAAUACUUGCUGCUAAAAUCAAGAAUCAACAACAAUUUAUGUCUGGAAAGUUAACAACUUGAUUUUUGCUAAAUGUUCAGUAUGAGAUUUCCUGGUCAUAAUUAAAUUGCCUUCAAAAAAAUAUUGUAAUGUCUAAUCUCUGAUUUAAAUGUAGCCUAAUCAUAAGUAUUAGGGUUUAUCAGAAUGUGCUUGAUAAGUCACCCCUGACUAUUUAUAAGAAAAGGAAAUAAGUUCCUUUCCCCAAGCUUUUUCAUUUCCUUUAAAUGCCACAAAAUCCUCUUUUUCAGCUGACCACAUUGUACACAGCUUUUGUUUCAAUAUGUUUCAGCCUACAGAAAUUACAUUUUGCUUUCAGAUUUUUUAUUUCUGGCAUCAAUGAGUUGAUUUUUGGUUCACGGUAUGUGUCUUCAAAUUUAAUUGUUAUGCCUUUAGCUUGCAAAGCUCUAUUCGUCUCAUUUCCUGGAACUUGUCAUGCAACACCUUCCACCCUGCCUUAACACACUGUGUGACUAAAAACCUUUGAAACUGCUGUGGAUGGCUCUUAAAAGAGGUUGCUUAUGCAUUUUCUAUUUUUUCCAAUAUUUGCAAAGGAGGAAAAAAGGAACUACUAGCAUGAGAUGAUUCUUUUCUAUAAAUAAAAGAUUCUUCUGAUCAUG